UGUUUUGCCGUAUAAAUUUGUAUGAAACCUCAAAGCAAGUUUGUGUGAACAUUGCGUCGAUCUCUGGGUUACAGCGCUGCGCCUGGCUUCACUUUGUGCCGCUUCCCUUGUUUAUAAACAUGCCGCGGCUGUAAACCACUAACUCUACCGCGUGUUCAUACCGUUCCGUCUCGGCCGUGUUGACCAUACGCUCAUGACGUGAAGUCAUCAUGAUUGUUCAUCUAGGUGUCGUAAACCAGAAGCGACAAGUUAUCGUUCACCGUCAGUAUAGACAUGACAGUGGGGCAAGAAGCUUUCAGGAAUGCGUGGACCUUGUGUUGGGGACCAGCGGACAUUCCGUUGGACCUGAACAGAAGUUUGAGGAUGUUUCCAUUUACCACAUUUGCCGCGACAACGUCUACUACCUUCUUUGUUCAAAGAGGUCCCCUGAGGAUACAUUUGCUUCAGAUGUUACAGCAAUUGAAUUUUUAAAUGAAUUGUACAUGUUAAUCAAGAACUUUUGUGGAACCACAACCGAAGAAAGUCUCCGUAAAAAUGCGCUGCUCAUUGAGGAGAUACUCUCCGAGAUAGUUAAUCGUGGCCACAUUUACACUACGGAUUUGUCUUCUCUCCGACCUUGCAUCUACAGUGAACCAGUCGAUUCACCAGUUUUGAAAAAGACGGUUUUGACGUCCACUCUCUUGGCACUGGACACAAAAUCGGUCGUGCCAAACACAACAGCUCUGAGACCAGUGUUUGGAUCGAGGUUGGAGCAAAAUCAGUUGACUUCGUUCCAGAACCAGCAGAAGGCUGAAAUAUUUGUCGACGUUGUUGAGAAGGUCUACGCUUCCAUCUCCAAAGAGGGGAGUGUCACCAACUUUCUUCUGUGCGGCAGCGUGAACUUGAAAAGCUGCCUCGAAUCCAAAGCAAGCAUCACGCUUGGAUUCAACGAGGAUUUGGUUCUUGCUUCAGGAGCGUCUGAAACGGAAUCCUACAGCACAGACGUUGUUCUUUCCAACUACAUCCUUCACGACACGGUCAGGAGCGAAAAGUUUGCAGUGGACCGGACGCUGACUGUUCUAGCUCCUCAGGGAGAGGUUCCAGUUGUGAGAUACUGCACCACUAGGCCCAACAAUGGAUACCCAUUCUCAAUUGUGACAGCAGUCGAGGAUGUGCCAUGCUCAAGGGACCUGGUUCUCACAGUGAAGCUACGCUGUGAAGGCAAUGUGGGCUCUGAAGCUGUUGGGACUACCCUGGAAAUUCCUCUUCCUUGCAACACAAGUGGGGUCAUGAAGCGUUUCAACGAGCUGGAACAGAGUGCAGAGUUUCAAUAUGAAAACAAGAAAAUCAUCUGGAGGAUAAAAUGCCUGAAAGCCAAGUCAGAAGCAGUAGCGAAAUUCCGACUUGCCAAUGCCAACGAAGGCGGUUUCGGGAAGCUAGAACUCGGCCCCAUCUCCAUGAAAUUCGAACUUUCAAACCAGUCAACGUCCGGGCUCAAGAUCCGCUUUCUCAAGGCUGACCAACACUCGGGCGGCAACAUUCAACGCUGGAUACGGUAUGUCACGAUGUCGGACUGCUGGGUCCAGCGAUUGACGUGAUGACAAUAAAUUUGUAAUAAACUCAA